GUCCUUAAGCACCAAGUGGGGAUUGAACCGUUCAAUUAUCUUUCUGCCAAAUUCCAAUUCCUCGUCUUAUUGAAACAAAAUAGCAUCAAAAUUAGAAGAGCAAAAUAAAACGAUGGCAAUCCUCCCUCCCCUCAACAUCCCAUCCUCACCUAACGUGUGCGAUAUCUGGGCCAUCGAUGCGACAUGCGAAAUCGUUUGCUCCACCACUUCCCUCAUGCAGCCCGAAAUCAAAGGCCACGAGAAACUCAACCUGCCUACUUUUGCUUUCUACAUCUACAACUCAAGGCUGAACAAGCGCGUUUUAUUCGACAAUGGAUCGCGUAAGGACUGGUGGAAUUUGCCGCCACAUGUGCUACACGGAAUUACGAGUAAAGGCGUUUUGGGGUUGGAUGUGAAGUAUGAUGUAUAUGAUAUUUUACAGCAGCAUCAAGGUCAGGAACAAAUUGUCAAUGGCGACGGGGUCGAUGCUGUAGUAUGGAGCCAUUUUCAUUACGACCACACAGGGAACAUCCAGCGCUUCCCCCAGUCAACGAGCAUUAUCGUGGGACCGGGUUUCAAGAAAGAGUUUCUGCCGGGUUAUCCUGUGCGACAAGAUUCGCCAUUCCAUCAAUCCGAUUUUGAAGGCGGUCGACAUCUCGUUGAAAUUUCAUUUGCUGACGACAGCACACUGAAGAUCGGCAAAUAUGCUGCCUAUGACUACUUUGGUGACGGCAGUUUCUACCUUCUCAACACCCCAGGACACACAGUCGGUCAUAUCUCAGGUCUUGUGCGAACCACGCCGGAUACAUUCGUGUUUCUAGGUGGCGAUAUCUCCCAUUUCCCGGGAAUGUAUAGACCAACAAAAUACGUACCAAUGCCUCUGACACUGCCCAUCGAGACAAAGCUAGACACGCCCAGGCUGCCUGUUCCGUGUCCCUGCACUUUAUUUACGGCAUGCCAUCCGAAAAGAAAGGCUUCUGAUAAUAACUCAGGUGAUGAUGAGGAGUCCAGAACGUCAACAUUCUACGAACCCUCCCAAGAAUCUUGGUCCUGGUACGAUGACCCAGCGGAAGCAUUACGCUCCGUCGAAGCACUCAAAGAGUUUGACGCAGAUGAAAAUGUAUUUGUUGCGAUCGCACACGAUUCUGCGUUGAGAGAAGUGGUCGAUGUGUUCCCCAACGGCAAAAUGAAUGAUUGGAAAGCAAAGGGGUGGGCCAAAAUGAGUCAUUGGCAUUUUGUAAAUGAGCUGCCAGUGAAUGGUCAGCCUGGAAGGAAGCUCAUUGCUCAGGGUUUGAUGAAAGAUGGAGACGUUUAUCGGAAGUAACGAUAUCAAGCUUUAUACUAUCUUUAUCUAAAUACAUUCAAUGUUAC